AUGUCUCAAAACCAUUCACAAAUUAGUCGGGGAAGGCAUACCACUUCUCACGAAAGUGGAUUCGUCCCUCAAGAAAGAUACCAGAAACUCAAACGAAGAGCUCGUGAUAUGCAAGGCGACUUAGAAAAGGUCACCAGGGAAUUAGAAAGGUCUCGAAAAAGGAUAAAGUCUUUAAAAAGACAAAAAGAAUUGCUAUUAGAUAAAAUAAGCCAAUAUGAGGAUUCUGAAAUGACGGAUUCCGAUGAAAAGUCCGUGGAUCUCUCGUCUGCGGAGUCCUCAGACUCCGAUGCAUCAUCCACCCAACGGUCAACAUCUGGUCGUCUAAUUAAGAAACCCCGAGGCCGUAAUUUAAACAAAAAGUCCAUGAAUCCUACUCCCGCUAAUAAUAUUGUUAAUACCAUCCAGGUCACGCAGUCAUCCGGCAAGGUUCCAAAAAAGCGGGCUAGUAAACGCCCACUUAAUGAAAAAGUAAUGAAAGUCCAGUAUGUCGAACAGGAUGAGCAUGGCAGCUACAUACUCCCUGUACAAAUAGGAAUUUUAACUGUAUUGAACCUCGGAAAUGUUGUAUAUGACCGAGACACCUUUCACAACGAAAGGUACAUUUGGCCCGUCGGAUAUGCCGUUAAGAGCAUGAUUAACCCAGACAGUCAAACGAUGUAUGUUUGUAAGAUUGAUGAUGGGGGUGAAGGACCUAAGUUCGUUAUUGAGGCAGAGGAUCAACCAAAUAAGCCAAUAAUUGCCAACACGGCUACUGGUGCUUGGACGUCAGUGGUCCGAGAAGCGAAUGCUAUUCGACAACGUGACCACUCAAAUUCGGCUUCAGGUCCCGACUACUUCGGAUUUUCGCAGGCUACCAUAAGGAAAAUGAUCCAGGACCUGCCCAACGCAUCCAAAUGCAAAAAUUAUGUUAUUCAGAGCUUCGAGGUGAUGAAGCCAAGAAAUAGCGGCGGCAGACGUCGUGGAACGGCAGGAACAGGAGCGGGGGGAGCAGGGGGAGGGGUGGCAAGAACUAAUGGCAAGAAUAGUACGGAUUCACAAUCACCGGAAACGUCCAUUUAA